AUGCCCAAAAACAAGGCGAAGCCACCUACCGAGGCACCAUGGCGGCAGCACAGGGAGAAUCGCCGAGACGACGAGCAGGCAGGUCGUGGAUCCGGAAAUGGGUGGAAUGUCUGGCAUGGUGCCUGGCGCUCUACCAACUCUCCGAAUGCCGCGGAGAGGGGCAAGCCCUUUCCUACUUACGACCGCAAGUGGCAGCCAGAGCCUCCGAUCCGGGUAGUCAGCGAACACAGGCAUGCGGAGCCUUCGCGGACUACGGAAAGUGCCUCGCGAAAAGUCCAGCAGUGUGUCAAUCUCCUACGCAAGGCCGAAACGAAGGUCGGCAAGAUUGCAAGGGACCAACAAGAGAAAGCCAACCGCUUCGCGGACUACGAGAGGCAGUUGAUGGCGUCCUUCUUGGUAGAAAAGCAGAAGCAUGCAGAGUACCAGGAGAAGCUCGCCAAGGACCUCGAAGAGGCAAGACAACAGGUGCUAGAGGCCAAAACCACGUUGGCGAAGUCGGUGGCGGAAGCCACCUCUCUGAACGAGGACGCCAGCAUGGAACCUACGACGCAGGGAGAGGCAGAGUGGGCGGAGAUGGUUCAGCGUCACUCUGGCACACCAGUGGUUCCGCCACAAAUGGACCCGGAGGUCAUUGCUCUGCUGAGGCUCUACAAGAGCGGUGCAAUACCUCCACCUGGGCCAGGCUCGGCUGCCCCACAUAUGACAGGAGGUGCGCCUAUGAUGGGACCACUCUCCCACCAGCAUGGACCACCCGGGCUUGGACAAGACAUGGCUUCGGGACAGAAGGCGGCACCACCUCCCGAGCCUGCGAUGUCAACUGGUGUCCCGGAGGGGCCACCUGCAAUGCCUACGUAUGGAGCAGCCUCCCCAGGAGGCGACAAGGCCAGCAGAGUGGCGCCGUAUCAGCAGACCUCGCCUAUGCCAGUCAGACAUGGGGAACAGGCACCUGCCGAAGUCAAGGAGCCGGUCACUACGCCUCUUCCACCGACUCCUUCAACCGCGGAGGGCGAGGCUUCCAAGUUGCAGACAAGGGAAGGGGUCAAGGCCCUCCCCCACCAGACACCGGUCAGAACGCCGAUUCCUUCCACGACCCUCCAAGACAAGCUGGAGCACAAGCGAGCUACGGACCCCUUGGGUCCCGCGCUGCAGCCUUUCAGAGGGGGACAUGUCAGCCAAGCUGCAGCCAUGGCAGCUUAUGCAGAGGUAAUGGCCGCCCGCUCGCAUCCACAGGGCGGAAAUGCACAGGUUUCCAAGACCACGAUCGUACAGGACGACGAUCCCGAUACUCAACACAUGUCGGCCUCGCCUGGCUUGACGAAGUUGGAGUGA